ACCCUUAUUCUUUCGGAUGCGUGAAACUGCCUAGGUAGUUGUAGUAUACGAACUCUAUCUACUCUUCAAGAGAUAUAAUAGGAAAUUUCUUGAAUAACAACUAUAAAUCGUUUACCCGAUAAUCAUUUGUAAAGGCAUAGUUGAGUAUGUAUAAUCUUAAAGGGCUCAUUCUCAUGGCGGGGUAGGCUCCUACGCAAUUCUCCAAGAUUACCACGCCACAUAAAAAUGCUUCGGACUUUCAAUUAUCUUCAUCGCACGACAUAAUUAAAAAGCAAAGGAUGACAUCUACCAGUACUCCAAUUAGUUAUCCCGACGAAACCCAUAUGCAAGGACGGCAAGUGACAGUGCCGAACAUAUCAUCACGCAGGUCGGCAUGCGAUCGUUGCAAGGGACAGAAGCUAAGAUGCUUACGGGAGCCUGGACAAGAGCGUUGUGGUCGGUGUGCGCGGGCAGAUGCUGAAUGCCUCACUACGCCUGCUUUUCGUAUCAAAUAUUACUCGGGAGACAAUAAUACCGGGUCUGGAUCUCGCAAACGACCGCGACGAGAUAUUGAAGGAGAACCUGAUCCGAUCAGGGAUGCUGACCAGGCAAUUGACACAUCACUAUCCGGUGUGUUUGCGGAUCCCAGCGAUGCGCCAAGCACGGUGGCGUUUCCUCAUGGGAUAAGCGAAUCGUGGGACUCUCCUGUGUACACAUCAAUUUUCGACGACAAUUUCAACGGGGAUCUAGUUUCCUCGGUUAUUGAAUUUGAUGAAACGAAUAUAUCUUUGAACACACCAGUUGGGAAAAGCCUUUCAUCAAUCUCUCAGCCCAACCCUUCAUCGACAGAGCUGGUCUGCUUACAAGAAUGGGAUACCAGUCGAGAAUGCGCUAUACCGGUUUCAUCAAAAAGCAAUACCGUCACACAAGAUACGGGUAGUAACGGCACCACCGAAGAUAUCCAUAUAGAACAACGACUUUCUAAGAUAAAUCUCAAUUUGGUUACACUAUUGAGUCGCAUUAGUCAGGGCCCUCCUACCGUAACUGUCAGUAUGCUUGUUUCAGCAGCCGAUGGGUCCACAAAUCGCACACUGGCUCCAAUACAUUGCGUGCUGACAAACACACGCGAGUUUGUCGAUAUUCUGAGCGUGCUUUCGGAGGCAAAUCAGCCACCAACCGCCUCACAAUUAUCUAAUGGAUGUCCUCCAAGGAUUCGAGGACCAAGAUCCAGCAACGAUGCAUGUUCCCCAACCUCCAUAAAUGAGAAUUCCUUAUACUUGCCAGGAGACAGCUUAGCACUGGUAGACACAUCGCCUCUAUCGACGCUAGACGGCGAAUCCGCAACCGACUUAGACGCUCCAACACUAAUGCUUAUACUCACGUCUUAUAUACACAUUACACGAUUAUACCUUAUCAUUUUUACCCAUUGUCACGAGUUUCUCGAAAGUAUUGCGAGAAGCGAAGACGCUUAUCUAUGUCCAAUCCCAGGUAUCAACUUUAGCGAUUUCCCGCUUCAAUCAGGCAAUCUUCAAUCCAUGAUGUUCAUCCAAAUCGUCGUAAAUCUAUUUGAGAGAAUGGAGAGUUUGCUUGGGAUACCACGUCAAUUUCGGAUCGGGACGCGGGGGAAGGACAACGGCGGCCUGCUAACUGGAGACGACUUUUGCGGAGUCGUUAGAAUGAUGAUCGAUAAAGAGGAGCUCGUGUGUCAACCUGAACUGGGAAAGGGUGGUGUUAAAGUAUUACGGAAGUACAUCGAGAAUUCGAAGCGGCUCCUACUCGAAAGCAUCGCGCCCUAGAGUUACUCAACAGGUGUUAGUACGAAACAUUUUUCGUGCGCAAUCUAAUGUCGAAGGGCGAGAUGCGCAACGAAUGUGAUGAACGAUUGUUUUGGGAUAUGAAAAGAUGCGACAGACA